AUGGUUUCUUUUGAUAAUAAUAAUAACAAUAACAAUAAUAAUAAAACAACACUCUCAUUAAUUAAUUCAAAUGAAUUUUUAAUAUUAUGGCAAGAUAAGAAAAUUAGUGAUGGUGAUUCAAUUGAAUUUAUAGUAUCAAAUUUAUUAUCAAUAUUAAUUAAUGAAGAAGAAGAGAAAGAAAGGAAUUCAUAUGAAAAUGGAAUAAAUUAUAAUAAUGGAUCAGGAUAUGAAUAUUUACAUUCAUUUUAUAAUCCAAAAGGAUUUAAACCAAGUAUUUCAAUCACUGAUUUCACUUAUAGAUUAGUAAAGUAUUUAGGAUGUAGUAAAUCAUGUUUUAUAAUUGCAUUAAUUUAUUUAGAUAGAAUCAUUGAAUCUGAUAAAUUUAAAGUACCAAUCAAUGGUUAUAAUGUACAUAGAAUUUAUUUUACAUGUAUUUUAGUUUCAAUUAAAUUCUUUGAUGAUUAUUUUUACCCAUUAGAUAUUUAUUCAAGAGUUUGUGGUGUAUCAUUAGAAGAAACAAGUAGAAUGGAAAGACAAUGUAUAAAAUUAUUAGAUUUCAAUGUAAAUAUCAAUUUAAAUCAGUUUAAUGAUUAUUUAUCAAUUUUAGAUUAUAAAGGUUUCAUUCAAUUCGAAAUUGAAAAUCAACCUUCUGAUGAAGAAGAUAAUGAAGAAGAAGAAGAAGAGGAUAAUGAAGAGGAGGAAGAAGAAGAAAACUAUAAAGAAGAGGAAGAAUAUCAAGAAAGUAUUGAUGAUUAUGAAAAUAGAAUUAAUAUUGUUGAAAAGGUUAGUUAUAAUCAUAAUGAUGGAGACAAUUAUCAUAGUGGUGGUAGUAAUAGUAAUAAUUCAAUGAUUAACUCUCCUCAAGAAGUACCAUUGAAUUUACCACAAAGAUUAAUUAAUAAAAGUAGAAUUACAAAAUCAGAUACUCUUAUUAUAAACUUUAAUAAAAAUAAUAAUAAUAAUAAUAAUAAUAAUAAUAAUAAUAAUAAUAAUAAUAAUAAUAGCAAUAAUGGUAGUGAAAACAAUAGUAAUAAUAGUAGUAGCGAUAGUAUACCGACUAUUAUGUUUGGUGGUAGUGGUAAUAAUAUAAACAACUACCCAUCAAGAGCAAUAACAAUUGAAAGUAGAUUAAAAGGUAACACUUUAAGUCAAAGUUUAGAUAGUAAAGAUAUAUUCUUAAGAAAUUCAACAAAACGUUUCCCAUCUAAGUUUUCAAUUUCACCAGAUUUAAGAUCAAAAUUCAUUAUUAGUAAAAGUAGUAGUAGUGGUAGUAAAUCAAUUAAAAAAUAA